GGGAGAAAGAGAGAAGGAGGGAGGAAGAGAGAGAGAGAGAGAUCAGACUCAGUCCUCAUAAGUUCGCGUUGUCGGACGGAACCAUCUGGAAAAGCUGCGCGCUCGGACUCGUAGCCUCCACGGACGACUGCAACUUUCGCAAAAUGAGACUCUAUUCUCCCUUCUUCACAUUUUUAUUAACCUUUGCCUGGUCACUGAUCCUCCUGGCGAACUGCGAGGAGCAGCAAAUCCCCGAAGAGAAACUUCUCGUCCUGACUGUUGCAACGAAAAACACAGAUGGCUUCAGGCGCUUCCUGAGAUCUGCUAAACAUUUCAACUACACUGUCAAGGUUCUUGGUCGAGACCAGAAAUGGAACGGGGGAGACUACAUGUCUGCUCCAGGAGGUGGCCAGAAAGUGAGACUCCUUAAAACAGCACUGGAGGAGAUGAAGAAUGACGACCAAAUUAUCCUUUUUAUUGACAGCUACGAUGUGGUGUUUGCAUCCGGUCCCAAAGAGCUGCUCAAGAAGUUCCGUCAGGCCAAACACAAGGUGGUGUUCUCGUCCGAGAGUCUGAUCUGGCCCGACAGACAUCUGGAGGACAAAUAUCCCCACGUCAGGGAGGGCAACAGGUUCCUCAACUCUGGAGGUUUUGUUGGUCAACUUUCCAACAUCAAAGAAAUGCUCGUUAAUUGGACCGGAAAAGACGAUGAUAGCGACCAGCUGUUCUUCACCAAGAUUUACACUGAUCCAGCAAAAAGAAAAUCCAUAAACAUCACCCUGGACAGCAGGUGCAGAUUGUUCCAGAACCUUUUUGGAUCCCUUGACGACGUGGUGCUGAAGUUUGAGGACGGUCGAGUGCGAGCCAGAAACGUCUUGUACGACACCUUGCCUGUCAUCAUCCAUGGGAACGGACCGACGAAGCUCCAGAUAAACUACCUGGGUAACUACAUCCCCAACACGUGGACGUUUGAGAAAGGAUGCACAAUGUGCCACGAAGAUCUACUUCCACUCUCAGCUCUGAAGCAGGAGAGCGAAUACCCGCUGGUGUUGAUCGGCGUCUUCAUACUCCAGCCCACCCCGUUUGUCACAGUGUUUUUUGAACGCCUGCUGAAGUUGCAGUACCCGAAGGACAGGAUCAAACUCUUCAUUUACAACAAGGAAGCUCAUCACGAAAAACAUGUCACCUCGUUCCUCAUGGACCAUGAGAGCCUUUAUCGGGAAGCCAAGGUCAUCGGGCCCGAAGAAGUGGACGAAGCCGAAGCUCGCAACCUGGCCUUUGACACGUGUCGGAAGGACAAGGACUGCAGCUACUUCUUCAACAUAGACGCUGAAGUCGUCUUAAAGAACGAGAACACGCUCAAAAUACUCAUCGAACAAAACCUUCCUGUUGUGGCGCCGAUGGUAACUCGAGUCGGCCGACUGUGGACCAACUUCUGGGGGGCUCUCAGUGAAGAAGGCUACUACGCCAGGUCUGAGGACUACGUGGACAUCGUGCAACGGCAGAGAGUGGGUGUGUGGAACGUCCCGUACGUGUCCAGUGUGUUCCUGCUGAAGGCCAGCCUCCUCCAAUCAGAGCUGGACGACUACGACUUGUUUGACUCAGCGAACCUAGACCCCGACAUGGCUUUCUGCCAGCACAUUCGCAACACCGGAGUCUUCAUGUAUGUGACGAACAUGGAGAUUUUCGGUCGCAUCCUGUCAACAGAUAAUUACCAGACGGGUCAUCUGCAUAAUGAUCUGUGGCAGAUCUUUGAAAACCCAAUGGACUGGGAGGAGCGCUACAUUCAUGAAAACUACAGCCACAUUAUGAAAGACAAGCUGAUUGAAACGCCCUGUCCGGACGUGUACUGGUUCCCAGUUUUCUCUGACAUCGCUUGCAAGCACAUCGUUGAAGAAAUGGAAAACUUUGGACAGUGGUCAGGAGGCGGCAACAAGGACACCAGAAUCCAGGGAGGCUACGAGAACGUCCCAACCAUCGACAUCCAUAUGACCCAAAUCAACUAUAAAGACGAAUGGCAGAAAUUCUUACAGGAGUACAUAACGCCGAUAACAGAGAAAAUGUACCCUGGUUACUACACCAGGGCUCAGUUCGAGCUGGCCUUCGUGGUUCGGUAUAGACCGGACGAGCAGCCGUAUCUGAGGCCGCACCACGACGCCUCCACGUUCACUAUAAACAUCGCACUCAAUGAAGUGGGUCUAGAUUACCAGGGAGGCGGAUGCAGGUUCCUCCGCUACAACUGCUCCAUCCAGGCGCCUCGUAAAGGCUGGGCCCUCAUGCACCCAGGUCGCCUCACCCACUACCACGAAGGACUGCCCACCACGGCCGGCACCCGCUACAUCGCAGUCUCCUUCGUGGACCCUUGAACCCCUCCUCCCCCCAACGCUGGCACGCCUCACAACGCUAGUCCAGACCAAACAUGAUAAAAACUGAUCCUCCAGACUCCUCCACACAGUUGCUCUUUGUUUCUUCUCCUUCAUUAGCUCCAAAACAAUAUUAUUAUUUCUGCUCCGAGUCUGAUUUGCUUAAAAUCGCAGCUGAACACUGGAACGAGGGGGGGGGGGGAGAGAAACCAAAAACGUACGUCAUCGCCGCCCAUGAGAAAAGAGAACGGGGCCCAAAAUAAGACUUUAUUUAACCAGCGUCUCACCAUCUUGUGUCACAGAAGUUGCUUGGAUCUGGUCUGGAUUGGCUCCUUUUUGUGCCUUUUCUGAAAAAAAACAAAUAGUCGUGCCAUGCAGUUGUGAGUUUAAAGAUGCAGUGGUUUUUAGGAGCUUGUCUCUUAUAGGGGGGGUUAAAUAUACUGUAGAUGUCUGGUGCUGAGGUUCUGACUGUAGCUGUAUCACCAUCAGCACCGGGGGCCCAGUCUGUCUGUCUGUCUGUCGACUGAUUAACGCUCCAUCUCUACAAAUAGUGUCUUGAAUUCUUCAUGAUCUGUAUUUUACUUCAGUUGUUUUUUUUUUUAUUAUUGCCAGAGGCCACAAAUACUGUAUUAAAUGAUUUGAAUUGAAUUGGCAAAGUUUAACCUGGAGUCAGACGGAGCUCCAGCACUGAAAACCUGCAAAAACAGAAAAAGAAUUUCACUCCAGUCAAAUUACACAAACUGUUUCCCUUUGUCUCUGUCGGUUUCUGUUACAAUCUUGACUUUUUUUUUAUGUUUGUAUAUUUUAUUUGAUUAAAAAGUCAUGUUUUGAGAGAUUUUA